GAGCCUUCUCUCCCCAUUCAAUAUCCACUCUUUAUAUGUUGACCUCAGCUCCGUCGACUUUUCCAUAGUCACUGAGCUCGUGCUCUGCUCGCGCCACUCCUCCUGCCUAGUGCCUAGGGUUUCGACUCCGCAGUUCUCCAUUCCUGAUCGUCAUCUUAAGAAGGAAUCAUGGGAAAGUCCUAUCCGACUGUCAGCGAGGAAUACAAGAAGGCCAUCGACAAGUGCAAGAAGAAGCUCAGAGGUCUCAUCGCUGAGAAGAACUGUGCUCCGAUCAUGCUCCGCAUCGCAUGGCACUCAGCUGGUACCUUUGAUGUGAAGACAAAGACUGGAGGUCCUUUUGGAACCAUGAAGAACCCGGCAGAGCUUGCUCACGGGGCCAACAAUGGUCUUGAUAUCGCCGUCAGACUCUUGGAGCCCAUAAAGCAGCAAUUCCCUAUCAUCUCCUAUGCUGAUUUCUACCAGCUUGCUGGUGUUGUUGCUGUUGAAGUUACUGGUGGACCUGAGAUCCCCUUCCACCCCGGAAGAGAGGACAACCCACAUCCACCCCCUGAAGGGCGCCUUCCUGAUGCUACCAAGGGUGCUGACCACCUUAGGGUAGUAUUUGGGGAACAGAUGGGCCUGAGUGACAAGGACAUUGUUGCUCUCUCUGGUGGCCACACCCUGGGAAGGUGCCACAAGGAGAGGUCUGGAUUUGAGGGACCCUGGACCAAGAAUCCUCUCAUCUUUGAUAACUCUUACUUCAAGGAACUAUUGAGUGGAGAGAAAGAAGGCCUUCUGCAACUGCCUUCUGACAAGACUCUUCUUUCCGACCCUGUCUUCCGCCCUCUUGUGGAGAAGUAUGCUGUGGAUGAAGAUGCUUUCUUCGAAGAUUACACUGAGGCUCAUCUGAAGCUCUCUGAGCUCGGAUUCGCCGAUGCCUAAGCUCUUGCAGUAGUAGAGCGGUUCUAGCAGUGCCAGGAGAAAGCUAUCUGUUGCGUUUUUUGAUGAUAAGGUUUAAACUCUGGGAUGUUAUGGGUUGAUGGAUGUGGUUGUUAAUUUCUUGCUCCUUUUUUGUUGGACAUGUUAGUACUGCUAGUUGGGAGAAACUCGGGCAUAUUGUUACUGCACUCUUAUUUCUGGGUCACCGCUAUUAUCUGCACAUUUCUGUGUUAAUCAUCGUUCAAAGUCCUUCAGGAUCGUCAGUUGAGAUAUAAAAUUGGUCAAUAAAUCGUUUUCCGUUUAGGCCUA